AGCUUUUGCACGAACAGAUAUCGGAAGACAUCAUGGAGGCAGGUGCAGUUCUGCUGCUGUUGUUCGCAUUAUCGGGGAUUGCUUCGACUGUCAGCUUUUAUGGAGGUAGCAUUAGUUUCAUGCCUCCACAGAAGAUGACGGAUGGGACAUUUAAGGUGACCUUUCAUCAGAGAGAGAACGGCAGAAGCAACUGUCAAGAUCAGUCAUCCUACACAUGUGAGACUGGUGUGUGCACAAGCUUCGAUAAGUUACGUGUCCUGCAAACAGACCAGGAUGGCACAGGCCAAGGCAGGUGGUGCCAGUCCGAGGGGCACACAGCAGCAACCAUCUUAACCAAUAAAACCUCCUUUUCUCUGAGGGACUCGGGCUGCUGCUGGGUGUCUAAUGUCAAAGGAAAAACUAACUGGACGGCUCAUGCCGAGCUGGACCUGGGAACUCGAUCUGACUCCUACUCCCUCAACAGCUGCCCCGUAACAACAACAGUGUCUUCUUUACGGGUGCCUCAGAACUGUUUUUCAAGGUUUCGUCUUCUGGCACAUGACCCAGACGGAGAUGAUGUGAGCUGCCGCUUUACUUCAGACGCCGCAGUUCCCUCAAACUUUACUCUGGAUGAGACUACGUGCACACUGACAAGUACAGGUCAAGUCGGCGUUGGAGUCCACGUGUUUGAGAUUGCGCUGGAGGACUUUCCCACCAAAAACAUCACUUUGACCUACGCAGAUGGAACAUCAGUGAAUUGGGAGGCCUCCGACGUGAACUCCCCACCUCUCUGCACAGUAAAGCUGCAGUUCUCAAUGGAGAUCCUUCCUCCAAUACCAAACUGUGAAGCUGGUUAUGUGCAGCCCAUGUUCUUGUCUACGACUCCUUCUCAUGGUGAUGUUCUUCAUGCUAUUGUGGGUCAGAAAUUCCAGCUUCAUGCCCAAGCACAGGCUCACCAUGCUAGCAUAAUCGACUUCCAGGUCAGCGGCCCCCAGAACAUGACCAAAGCGUUCAACGAUGAUACGAAUGGAAAAGCUGAAGUCACUCUGAGCUGGACGCCACAGCAAAGUGACCUGUACAGAUUUGUCCCAGUCUGCUUCACUGCAGAGACAAAUGAAACCCAAUCAGAUAUGAGGUGUGUUGUUGUCACGGUGACCCAAGCUUCUAUCACUCAAGGAAAGGCCACAGUUGAAUGCUCACCCAACAAGAUGAUGGUGGCCCUCGAGAAAGCUUCCAUGCCUGGCAUUGACGAGAACUACCUCAAGCUGAGAGACUUGUCGUGCUCUCUCACCUCCAACGCCACUCACAUCAUGGGCAUCAUAUCAUUCAGCACCUGUGGCACAAAAGUUGAGGAUAAAGGGGAUUUUAUCGUUUUCAAGAAUGAGAUCCUCUCCUACGAGCUGCCCACUGAGAUUGUAAUCCGAAGGAAGUCAGUUAAGAUCGAUUUCUCCUGCCAGUUUCCCAAAACCAUCAGCAUCUCCAGUUACUUCAGUCUCCACAAGUCUGACUACAUUUUCACUGAGUCCAGCUUCGGCAGCUUUGGCUAUACUUUUGAGAUAUUCCGCGACAGCAACUACACAAAUAAAGUAGAGGCCAGAGCCUAUCCAGUGGAGGUCAAGCUGUUAGAGAAGAUUUUUAUGGGCAUUCAAGCUGAAUCGGAACUACCAAAUGUGAAAUUGUUUGUCGAAUCAUGCAAAGCCACUCCUAAUGAGAACCCUGACAACCCCCUCUCCUAUGACCUCAUCAAGAACGGGUGUGCACAGGAUGAGACACUUGUAGUCCACCCGUCUAAUCUAACUUCAUUCAACUUUGAGGUUCAAGCCUUCAAAUUUACUGGAAACUUUGACCAGGUGUAUAUCACCUGCUCUGUCAUCCUGUGCGAGGCUGGGAGUCCCUUUUCCAGAUGUGCCCAAGGCUGUCUGAAGGAUCCAUCCCGCAGACGCAGGCGAGGGCUGAGCAGGGAGACAGUCAGCCACUACGUUACCCAGGGUCCUUUGCAGUUUGUCAGCCAGGCUGUUCUCAAUGCAGCCGUGGAUAAUAACGAUGUUGGGAUAAAAAAGAGUGACACGCCAGCUGCAGUGACUCCUCCACCAGACACCAAAUCAAGCGAAGGAGGUUGGGGAAUCAAGGAGGUCCUCAACACCAACAUCAGCACGGCGGUCUUUGCCAGUGGCUUCUUAGUAUCACUGGUGUUGAUGGCCGUGAUUGUUCGUUACUUGAGCCGGAAGAGAACAGCAGAAGACCGCAAGUCUCUGAUAGUUUCAGGCUGGGAGAACUAAACCCAACAAAUCUCAGUUUUACACAGCAUGUUAUUUGUUUAAUUUUGUUAAAGGAUAGGUUCACAUUUUUUAAAAGUCUCUCUUAAAGCAAUACUCACAUGCCCAUAUUGUAUGUACAUUGAAAUAGCUUUUACUUGCUGUAAUCAUUCCUCCUGUUGAUAUUGCCUGUUAAACAUGUUUUCAAUAGACAGUGGAAAAAAUCCUCAGUCCUACCUCCGUGCAGCAAUUCAUUUGUUUUCUGAUAUUCAAUACAGUUUUCCUGUAAUUGAUUGGCAAGUUCUUGUAGAUCUGGUUUCUUUGACGGAAACCACCGUGCGUCUUCAACACAAGGUGCAGUAGUCAAAUGUUAUGGCAUUUUACCUGUAGCACAGAAUUCCCUGUUUGUGUUUUCCUGUUUCCUUGCUGAAAUAUAGCAACACAAAAAGGACAUUUUGCACUAAAAAGACAGUAACUUUAUUUGUCUAAGUCAGGCUGGUUAAGCCUCAUAUCAGCUUCAGAAAACUUUAGAAUGUAUUUUUGCACAGAAUGAGUAUUUUGUCCCCCACCACUAAAAUGGGAAGGGGGAAUGAACAGGAGGAAUGAUUACAGCAGGCAGAACUUGUUUCAAUGUUCAUAUCAACACCUGACUUUGCCAACCUAUCCUUUAAAGAGUUUCUCUUUUGAGGCUGAUAUAUAAAUCUUUAUGAUGGGGCAUCCUGGUGGUCAAGUUCCUAGCAAUUAUCUUCAGGUGUUGAAAGUUAGUUUGGUUCAACAAUAUGUACAGUAAUAUUUGAAGGUACACCAGUGCAAAAUUUGAACUUUGGCUGUUUGCAUUUGGCUUGUUAUGGGCCCAAUAAUCAGUUAUUUUAGACCAUAUUUAAUACAGGUAUAUAUAUAUAUAACUGAAGAGUUAGGCUAAUAAAUUAUAAAUUAGCAUUUAAUUUGUUCUGUCCACCAGUCAUAAUUGGAAAUACAACAGAGGCCUGUUAAACCUCUAUAUUAACAACAAAUUCAAAUCCUGCUUUUUGAAAUGUGCUGGUGGGGAGAGCAUUUUGUCUCCAUUUGCCUUUAGAAAUACAAAACGUGUACCCAAAUAUGUUACAUUUGUAACUUUAAAAAAUGUUGCAGUUAGACAUGCAGUUCUGGUGAGAUAAAGCAAUAUCUGUAAUGGUGAAAUCAUAUAUUUGUGUAAUUUAAAUGGGAUUUUAUUUAUAAUAAAAGGGGAAAUGUGAAUUAUCGACAUAAUAAUCGUCAUUCUACUUUAAGACUUAAUCACAUAAUAAACACAAUGCUGUGUGUGUG